AUGGAGAAAGGUAAAUUUGGGGGAAGAAGAAGAAGAAAGAGGAUGCACAUAAAAGAGAUAUGCUUGGAGGGUUUUAAGUCAUACGCGACGAGGACGGUGGUUCCGGGUUUUGACCCGCAAUUCAACGCGAUUACGGGUCUGAACGGGUCCGGGAAAUCGAACAUCCUCGAUUCCAUAUGCUUCGUUCUGGGUAUCACUAAUCUUCAGCAUGUUCGAGCCGCUAAUCUUCAGGAGCUCGUCUACAAGCAAGGACAAGCUGGGAUUACGAAAGCCACUGUGUCCGUAACAUUCGAUAACUCCGAGAGGAAUAAGAGUCCUCUCGGCUAUGAAGAACAUUCGGAGAUAACCGUCACUAGACAAAUUGUAGUUGGUGGGAGGAACAAGUAUUUGAUCAAUGGGAAGCUUGCGCAACCAAAUCAAGUCCAGAACCUUUUCCACUCGGUGCAGCUUAACGUCAACAAUCCUCAUUUCCUGAUUAUGCAAGGGCGUAUCACCAAAGUUUUGAACAUGAAACCUCCGGAGAUCUUGUCAAUGCUUGAAGAAGCCGCUGGUACGAGGAUGUACGAAAACAAGAAAGAGGCUGCACUGAAAACACUAGAGAAGAAGCAAACCAAGGUCGACGAGAUAAAUAAGCUCCUAGAUGAUGAGAUAUCGCCGGCUUUGGAGAAGCUGAGGAAAGAAAAGACACAGUACAUGCAGUGGGCUAAUGGUAACGCGGAACUAGAUCGGCUAAAGAGGUUCUGUAUCGCUUUCGAAUAUGUUCAAGCAGAGAAAAUUAGAGACAACUCUCUCCAAGUGGUUGAACAAAUGAAGACGAAGAUGACAAGUAUUGACGAAGAGACCGAAAAGACGCAGGGAGAAAUAUCGGAGCUGGAGAAACAAGUUAAUGCUUUGACUCAGGCAAGGGAAGCUAGCAUGGGGGGAGAAGUAAAAACUUUGUCUGACAAAGUGGAUUCACUGUCUAAUGAAGCCACACGUGAAUUAUCAAAGCUUAAUAAUAUGAAAGACACCCUUCAGGGCGAAGAAAAGAAUGCUGAAAAGAUUGUUCAUAAUAUAGAAGAUUUGAAGAAAUCUGUAGAAGAGAGAGCUUCUGCUCUGAAGAAGUCCGACGAAGGAGCAGCAGAUCUAAAACGAGAAUUUCAGGAACUUUCCACCACACUGGAAGAGUGUGAAAGAGAACACCAGGGUGUACUAGCUGGUAAGAGUAGUGGAGACGAAGAUAAAUGCCUCGAAGAUCAACUACGUGAUGCAAAGAUUUCUGUUGGAACAGCUGAAACGGAGUUGAAGCAGCUAAGUACCAAAAUUAGUCACUGUGAAAAAGAGCUAAAAGAGAAAAAGUCCCAGUUAAUGUCAAAGCGAGAAGAAGCUGUUGCAGUGGAAAAUGAGCUUGAUUCUAGAAAAAAUGAUGUCGAAAGUGUGAAAAGUGCACUUGAUUCUCUUCCAUAUAAAGAGGGUCAGAUGGAAGCAUUGGAGAAGGAUCGAGAAUCGGAACUUGAAGUUGGGCAAAGGCUGAAAGAUCAAGUGCGUAAUCUGUCAGCUCAAUUAGCAAAUGUUCAGUUUACGUACCGCGAUCCUGUGAAGAACUUUGAUCGAUCAAAGGUGAAAGGUGUGGUUGCAAAACUGAUAAAAGUGAAUGAUAGGUCCUCAAUGACAGCUUUGGAGGUUACUGCUGGCGGGAAGUUAUUCAAUGUUGUUGUAGACACAGAAGAUACUGGAAAACAGCUCCUUCAAAAGGGUGAUCUACGGAGACGUGUUACAAUUAUUCCUCUCAAUAAAAUUCAGCCUCACUUAGUUCCACCUAGAGUGCAGCAAGCCACUGUUAGAUUGGUUGGGAAGGGUAACGCGGAAUUGGCACUUUCUUUAAUUGGUUAUAGCGAAGAAUUAAAGAAUGCUAUGGAAUUCGUUUUUGGUUCCACUUUUGUUUGCAAAACUACUGAUGUGGCAAAGGAAGUUGCUUUUAAUAGGGAAAUUCGGACUCCAACUGUGACACUUGAAGGUGAUAUAUUUCAGCCAAGUGGUCUUCUUACUGGUGGAAGUCGCAAGGGUGGAGGUGAUCUGCUAAGGCAACUCCAUGAUCUGGCAGAGGCUGAAACAAAACUUCAAGUACACCAGAAAAGGUUGUAUGAAAUUGAAGCCAAGAUCAAAGAGCUCCAGCCUCUUCAAAAGAAGUUCACAGAUAUGAAAGCACAGUUGGAGCUGAAAAUGUAUGACCUAUCCUUAUUUCUAAAAAGGGCUGAACAGAAUGAGCAUCACAAGCUUGGUGAAGCGGUGAAAAAACUGGAAGAAGAAUUUGAAGAAAUGAGAUCCCAAAUCAAAGAGAAGGAAGGUCGUUAUAAAAGUUGUGCUGAUACUGUCUCCACGCUAGAAACAUCCAUCAAAGAUCAUGAUAAAAACAGAGAGGGAAGACUCAAAGACUUGGAGAAGAAUAUUAAAACUAUCAAAGCUCGUAUUCAAGCAUCCUCAAAAGAUCUGAAGGGUCAUGAAAACGAGAGAGAGAGGCUUGUGAUGGAGCAAGAAGCAGUGGUGCAGGAACAGUUAUCCUUAGAGAGCCAGCUAACUUCAUUGAGGACGCAAAUUAGCACUCUGGCUUCAGAUGUGGACAAACAACGAGCCAAUGUGGAUGCCAUACAGAAAAAUCACGAUCAGUCUCUCGCUGAGCUCAAGUUGAUACAUGCAAAGAUGAAGGAAUGUGAUACGCAGAUAAGUGGUUUAAUCGCAGACCAGGAAACAUUUAUGCAGAGAGUUAUUGACAUGAAGCUUGAGAAAAAGAAGUUGGAAAACGAGGUAACAAGGAUGGAGAUGGAGCAGAAGGAUUGUUCUAAGAAGGUAGACAAACUUGUUGAGAAGCAUACAUGGAUAACAUCUGAGAAGCAGCUUUUUGGAAACGGAGGGACGGACUAUGAUUUCGAAUCCCGCGAUCCUUAUAAAGCAAGAGAAGAACUUGAAAGGCUCCAGGCAGAUCAAUCAAAUCUUGAGAAAAGAGUGAACAAGAAGGUCAUGGCUAUGUUUGAGAAAGCAGAAGAUGAAUACAAUGCUCUUAUUUCAAAGAAAAAUAUAAUUGAGACUGACAAAUCCAAAAUCAAGAAAGUGAUCGAGGAGCUUGAUGAGAAGAAAAAAGAAACACUGAAAGUUACAUGGGUUAAAGUUAAUCAGGAUUUUGGUUCCAUCUUUUCAACUCUACUACCUGGCACCAUGGCAAAGCUAGAACCUCCAGAAGGCGGUAGUUUCCUUGAUGGUCUUGAGGUCCGUGUUGCUUUUGGAAGUGUCUGGAAACAGUCUCUAUCAGAACUAAGUGGAGGGCAAAGAUCUCUUCUUGCACUAUCUUUAAUCCUGGCAUUGCUUCUCUUCAAGCCAGCUCCUCUUUAUAUCUUAGAUGAGGUUGAUGCAGCUCUGGAUCUUAGCCACACGCAGAACAUAGGAAGAAUGAUCAAAGCUCAUUUCCCGCAUUCACAGUUCAUCGUAGUUUCACUUAAAGAAGGAAUGUUCAACAAUGCUAAUGUUCUCUUCCGAACAAAAUUCGUGGACGGCGUUUCAACGGUCCAGAGGACAGUAACAAAACAGAGCAAAUAGCCUGCUUGUGAGCUUAACAACACUAAUGAUGUCUACUCUUUUAGGUGUGUACUACUUGUGUCUGAAGGUUUGUAGCGAUUUGGGGGUAGUGAUUGUCUAUAUCUAGAGACCAUAUACCUUAAACUCUAGAGUUUUGUUGCAAAUGUUUGAAGAGAGUGGGAUCGUAGGUUAUGAUGUGUAUCACUGUACCACAUGAAUAUGUUUGAAUUUAACGAGUAGCACAAUCUUGAUUAAUUUAGUUCCUCUGUACAUUGAAGAUUUUUAAAUUUGUUCAACUGCGCUACAACGACUCAACACAAUUCAUGCUCAAAAACCAAGAACUCUAAGACGCAACACACAUAAAAAGACAUGAAAGUAGCAGAAGAUAGAUAGAUAGAGAGAUAUGAGAUUCAUAUAAGUCUGUCUUUAAUUCUCUAGCUGAGGGUUUGGACAAUAGUGUUGUGCCAUGGGUCAGACAAGUGCUGCAACAGAUUCUCAAAUGGUCCCUUUCCAGUCACAUUGUGUUGAAUCACAAACCCUAGGAAUGCCAACAUUGCCAACCUCCCUUUUGCGAGCUCUUUCUCCUUGGCCUCUUGUGUGGGAGCAAAGUUAAGCGGGUUAAAGAUUCCUCCGGGGUAACCAACUUCAUUUGGAGGCAAGCUGUAUUGCUUGAAGAUAGGGUCUUGGUUCACACUUCCUGGGUUCUUGAUGUCUUGCCAUCUUCUGAUCUCAACGUAAUGAAACAGGAUGAAUUCGAUCACGAACAAUGUCGACGACGAUGCAAAAUACUGUUCUUUCCCGGCAUCGUACCACUCCGGAACGUUAAUGGUGACUCACCGAUCUUAGUGAAAACUUCCGGCAAGAGCAUGCCGGCGACUCCGAGCAUGGCCCACCUUCCGUUGACCAGCUCUGCCUGGACGAACCAUCUCAAGUUCUCUGGAUCCUCUGCUAGUCCCAAUGGGUCAAAUCCAUUGUCACCGGCAAGGCUGCCGUUGAGAUAACCAGGCGAUGCCAAACCGGGCAACCAUUCUCCUUUCUUAGCUUCAACCUUGAACGACGCCGUUUUCGAGGAUGAGCCGAUAGAUUUAAACGACAAUUCUCGGUUCAAUCUACCGGAAGAACCGGUGAGGAAUCUUGGCUUCGAAGUACAUGGUCGGAAAAUCGAGGCCGAGGCUUGAGUAGUGACAGUCGCCAUUUUCUCUACACCCGAUCCCACUCAAGAACCCGGUACUUGAAGAGAAUAGAUUGGAAUCAAAGAGAUUGAAAAAUGUGUUUGGAGAUGAUUGUGAAGAAAUAGACUUUGGGGAUUUGUAGUUUAUUCGUUUUCUUCUGAGAUUUUUUUGUUGCUGUGAGAUGAGUUUGUGGCUGUGGUUUAAUGUCUGAGUUUCCACCGUUGGAUCAGAUGACGUGCUUGAUUAGACGGAUGAGAUGGGCUUGAGGGGAGAUAAAGGCUUAUCGGUUUAUCUUGGUAGC